AUGUACCAUCUCGCAAAGUCGCUGUAUCAGUACGUAACAAGCAAAGAAGAAUACUCCAUCCUGCUGCUCGGCCUCGAUAACGCUGGCAAGACGACGCUUCUCUCGCAGAUAAAGGCGCUCUUCAUCCCGGCCGCAGACGGGCAGACCCAGCAGGUCCCUGCAAAGACGGUGCCUACUGUGGGCCAGAAUGUCUCUACAAUCUCGCUGCCGGACAUGUACCUGAAGAUAUGGGACAUUGGCGGGCAGAUAUCAAUGCGCGGCCUCUGGCAGAGCUACUACUCCAGCUGCCAUGCCAUCGUCUUCGUCGUCGACAGCGCCGAUGUGGGCGACGACCCGGAUGUCUCUGACCUCAGCCCGUCGUCUACCCUGGGCGGAGACGGAGUAGAGCCUGCUGGCAGUGAAGGGGACGACAGUGGUGGCGCGCUGGCGGGACGGAUAGAGACUAUUGACCGAGCUGCUGGCCGGUUUGGCCGGCUAGACGAGUGCCGCCAGGUUCUCGAGUCCGUCCUUCGACACGCUGACACGGCUGGUGUGCCCAUCCUCGUCCUCGCCAACAAGCAGGACAGAGAGGACUGCGUCGAGGUUGUCCGGAUCAAGGAGGGCCUCGUCCGCAAGGUCUUCGAGGGACAGGAAGGGGGCGGCGUGCGAGACAGCAGAGUGCUCCCCGUCAGUGCCUUGACGGGCGCCGGUGUCCAGGAGGCCGUCGACUGGAUCAGGAGCCGAGUAAAGUGGAAUAAAGAGGGCAGGCCGCCGGUCAUGAGAUAA